ACGAGGGAGGGAGGGAGACGUCAGCUCAAACUCGAGCUCGCAGCUUUAACCCAUAUAGCAGGGCUCGCCCGCAGCGCUCAGUCCGCCGGCUCACGAGACGACAGACGUCCACAUGGCACCCAACGUCAAGGAUGUUACCAGCGGGGUGCUGUACGAGCACGAAGAGGUCCCGGACUACACCCGGGUCAUCGCCCAGGACGCCGCCAAGACUCCGCCAAAGUCGUACCGCGAACUGCAGCCCAUCCUGUGGGACCGGGUGGUGGCCCACGCCCUCGUCCACCUCACGGCCAUCUACACCUUGACGCUCGUCUUCAGCGGCGAAGUCAAGCUGCUGACGUUGGCAUGGGCCGGCGUCCUGUUCUUCCUGGGCAGCAUGGGCAUCCUCGUGGGCGCCCACCGGUUGUGGAGCCAUCGCACCUUCCGGGCGAAGCUGCCCACCAGGAUCGCGCUAGCCCUGAUGCAGGUCAUCUCCUGGCAGGGCUCUAUCUUCCGCUGGUCCGUCGACCACCGCACGCACCACAAGUUCGUCGAGACGGACGCCGACCACGUCAACGCCCGCAGGGGCUUUUUCUUCUCGCACAUAGGCUGGCUGUUGAUGAAGAAGCACCCCGACGUGGCCAAGUACGGCAAGAUGGUCGACAUGAGCGACAUGAUCGCCGACCCAGUGGUGUACUACCAGCACAAGUACUACUACGCCGUCUGGCCGUUCAUGUUCUACCUGAUACCUGUGGCCGUGCCGAUGUACGCGUGGGGCGAGACGCACACCAACGCCUUCCUGGUCGCCGUGGUCCUCCGCUUCGUGGUCGGCCUGAACGCCACGUUCCUCGUCAACUCGGCCGCCCACGCGUUCGGGUCCCGCCCGUAUGACGCGACCAUCGCCGCCCGUGAGAACCCCCUGGUGAGCUUCAUCGUCGGAGGCGAGGGCUACCACAACUACCACCACGUCUUCCCCUGGGACUACCAGGCGUCCGAGAUUGGCAACUACGUGACCAACCCGGCCGGCAUGUGCAUCGACUUCCUGGCAGCGAUCGGCCAGGCGACGGACCUCAAGACGGUCAACAAGGACAUGAUCAACGCGCGCUCCGUGCGCACGGGCGACGGCACCCGGCCCGUCUGGGGCUGGGGCGACGCGGACCUCUCCCGGGAGCACAAGGGCAUGGCUGUCAUCAGCAACGUCGUGGAGGAGCUCGGCCAGGCUCGCACUGGCCUACCCUUGGGCCCAACGGGCUGUGCGGCUAUCGCCGGGUAGGCCCUCCCUCGACGGCUCCCCUUCGACCUCACGGAGUGAGGCACCCCAAGGCCUCACUUCUUGACGGAAAACGUGAACAUUCUCGCUAUCCCGCGUACAGUAAUCACUUCUGUUUUGUCAGAGAUAGGUGUAAAAUAGAGAAGUAUUCCUCUGGUCUUUCGCUCGAUUCCCGUAGGUUCAUAUAAAUUAGCCAAUUUUCCCUUACUUGACUGAAAACCUUUGAGUAAUGAGUGAGACAAAUUUUGCCUCGCUCAAUCAGAGCGAUGACCAUAAGGCUCACCCUAUUUGAGUCAUAUGCACCGAACUCUCACUCUGAAGGAGUAAGAAUUCUCUCCUCGACCAAUAGUGGUGAGGAACCUCACUCUCAUUGGGUGAGGACCGCAAAUUAUGACUCAAAUUGAGUGAGAGUCAGAUAUCUCGCUCUCAGGAGUGCGAUUUUUGUGUGUCACUGAUCUCCCGAGAGCAAUAUAUCUGACUCUAGCAUUUUCAGGGUUGGACUGGUUUUACUUCUCGAUCGUUAAUAGAAAAGCAAGAUAAUUCCUCUUUUCUUGUG